CUGUCUCUUGGAGAGACUUAUGCCUUUUCGCUGCUCCUGGACGGAUAUGAUUCUUUGUGUGAGAGGUCCCCAGAGCCUGUUGGCAGAUCAGAGGACCUGUAGACCUUCUUCGUGCUUGGGGGUCCCAGGAUUUUCAGCCGAUCAAGUCAUGCACCCUCUGAACCCACCAGUCUGUCCAGGACAGUCCUCGUACUCCUUAGAGGAACCAGCAAGGACAUCAAACAACCAUGUGCCUCCUCCACCUUCCCAGACUCAGCUCAGAGACCCGGAGGAAGACUUUUUAUGCAUCGCUAGGACAUUUUGUUACUUACGAGACUCUGGUUGGUACUGGGGCUCUAUCACAGCCACAGAGGCCAAGCAGCAGUUACAGAAGAUGCCAGAGGGAUUCUUCCUGGUGAGAGACAGCACUCACCCCAGCUACCUUUUCACCUUGUCUGUGCGGACUAACCGGGGACCCACAAAUGUUCGAAUUGAGUAUUCCGACAGCCUUUUCCGACUUGACUCCAACUACCUCUCCAAGCCACGCAUUCUGUCCUUCCCAGAUGUUGUCAGCCUGGUGCAAUACUAUGUCUCCUCAUGUCAAUCUGAGGGCAACAAAGAAACCUCCAGGGAAUCCAGUCCAACUCCACUUGUGCCAACCUCGCCAAAAGAACCUGCCGCUGUCCACCUCAAGCUCCUGCACCCCCUGCCUCAACGAGGGCAGUGUCCCAGCUUACAGCAUCUGUGCAGACUGCAAAUAAACCGGAGCUUGGUUCCAGACUCAGACAUAACAGAACUACCAUUGCCCAGAAGGAUGGUAGAAUAUCUACAGAGGUACCCAUUCAAGCUCUGAGUGACAUUAGACAAUCUGGACUUGUUGCUUCUAUUUACACACUGCACAUACAUAAGGUGCCAUGCUAGCACAGUACACAUGGGCAUAGGAUGCCCAAGACUGUAUAAACGCGAGAUAUUUAUUUAAGUCUAUUCACAUGAACUUUUUUGUAGAGGUUUUGUAUUUGUCCAGCGAUGGAUACUGUGCCUGUCCUGACCCUCGUUCCUACUUCCCCUCCAAAGACUUAACAAUGUGACAUGUAAUGAAGAGCGUGUUCACGUGAACGUGCCAUAUGCAGCAGAAUGAAGACCACGGAAUACAGGGAACUGUAUGUUUCCAUUUACCUCUGCUGCGGAGCGUUGCUCUGCACGUUAAUCACUUGUGCUGAAUUUCAAGUCCUUUCUGAUGUGAAGGGUUUAAAUGGCAACACUAACUUCCUAGAUACAGCUUUUUCAGAAGCUGCAGCACUUUAGAGACUGAAACUGCCAUUUAUCAGGGUUGUGUCUCAGGCUGCUGGAUUACAAUAAAUAGGAUAUUUCAUAUUAAAUAA